AUGGCAGUGGCGGUGACUGUUAAACUCGCCCAGGCGAGCACAUCUCGCCCAGGCGAGUGGACUAUGGCACCUUCUCGUAGGACUUCGCAAUCAUCCCAGGGAGACGUACAUGAUAUCGCCAGAGCCAUAAAGGCGAUGGUAGUGGCUAUGGCGCAGCAGAGUGCUGCGAUGAUGCAGCAGCAUGAGACAUCCAUUCAGCGACAGGCGGCGUCGCUUGAGCAGCAGCAACUGGAGGAGAACAGGGCAGUUGCCCAUGUGUUUGGCCCUGAACCACGACCUGCAGUCAAGGAGUGGAGCUUAAAGGAUUUUUUGAAGCACCACCCAGCGAAGUUUGAUGGGAAGACCAGUCCUGACGUCGCAGACCAAUGGCUGAAGGACCUGAAGCGCAUUUAUGAUGCGAAGAUGUGUCCUGCGGAGAACAGGUUGGCGUUCUUUGUGUACAUGCUCACAGGGGAGGCAGAGCAUUGGUGGAUCAGCACCAAAUCCAUCCUGGAGGAGAGGGAUGACCUAGUGACAUGGGAAACUUUCAGAGAGAGAUUUCUCUCAGAGUACUUCCCAGACAGCAUCCGCCGCUUCUAUACACAGCCACUUGACGAGGAGUGGAGAUGUCGUAAGUUCGAGAACGGCCUUCGCGGUGAUAUCUGCUUGAUGGCCAGGGUGAUGGAGAAGAUAAAACGCGAGGUGGAAGGCCAGCGCCCACAGCAGCCACAGCCGCCUCAGAGGAUCGGUGGACCGUCUGGGUCCAAGCCCAGGCAUGAGGAGCGGAGGAGACCAUAUGACAGACCCCACCAUCAGCCUCAGGGGUCUAGGAGCUUUUCCCCACCGCAGGGCCGAGUUCAGUGCUACAUUUGUGGAGGCCCUCACCUGAGGAGUGCUUGUCCACGCAUGGAGGGUUACCGCAGGUGCAACAACUGUGGCAAGGAAGGCCACUUUGGGAAGGAUUAUCCCACCCUUGCUAGGGCAGCAGCACGCCCUCCAGUUCAGACUCCCCAUCAGCAUCAGAGGAGGGAUAGAGGCAACAGGCCUUAG